AUGAUGAACCAGGUGGAACACGACAUGCUCAACUGCAGGGUGGGAGAUAACAAUGGCUUUGAGAAAGCAGGAAGUGUGUUGGUGGUCUUUUUCUGGUCUGUGGCAGUGGUACUGGGUCAGGAUGGCUGGAGUGUGACUUACACCCCUCAGAGAAUCUGUGCCUUGAGGGGGUCAACAGUUGAUCUGACCUGCUCUUACACAUAUCCCAGUGGUACAGUCACAAAAACCCUCUGGUUCACUGAAUGGGGGACUGGUGUAGAACCUGCAGAUAUAGGUCAGGACACAGAGUAUGCAGGUCGUCUGGAGUAUCAUGGGGAUAAGGAGAAAGACUGUACCCUGAGAAUCACAGACCUGAGAGAGAGUGACUCAGCUACGUACAGGUUCAGAUGUAUAACAGAUCAGGAAGGAGGGACAUAUACUGGCAAACUUGGAGUGAAUUUGUCUGUCACAGGUCUUCAGGUGAAGGUGACUGGUGGACAUCAGGAUAAGACACUGACCUGUAUCACCACCUGUACUCUGACUGACAACCCCACCAACAUCUGGUACAAGAACGGACAACAUCUAGAUGAGAGCACCUACCCCCAGUACAAAGACUCAGUCUCCAGCAACUAUGAAGACAGUUACUCCUGUGCUGUAAAAGGCCAUGAGGAUCUCCACUCUCCUGCAGUGUGUGUUCAGGGUCAGAGAUGCAGCAGAGUAACUUACACCAAGAGGAGAAUCUGUGUCUUGAAGGGGUCAACAGUGGACAUHUCCUGUACUUAUGUUGGUUAUUAUUACAUCACGUCAUCAUUCUGGUUUAGAAGUGAUAAGUCGACCCCUGAAGACCUAACCAGAGACCCAGGGUAUACAGGUCGUGUGGAGUACACUGGAACAUACGAAGAUCCCUUCGCCCUGAGAAUCACAGAUCUGAGAGAGGAGGACUCAGCUGAGUAUCGCUUCACUUUUAAAACUCACAACAUUGAAUGGGGUCAUAGUUUCCCAGGAACAACUCUGUCUGUCACAGGUCUGCUGGUGAAGGUGACUCCUGCUGCAGAGGGACAGAAGACACUGACCUGUAGCACCACCUGUACUCUGACUGACGACCCCAACCUCACCUACAUUUGGUACAAGAACGGACAACGUCUCGAUGAGCCCACUUCCCAACAAUACUCUAGUAAUACCCUAGUAGUGUUGGGUCAUUCUGUGGACAGUUACUCCUGUGCUGUAGAACACCAUGAGAACCUCCACUCUCCUGCAGUGUGUGAGUAUGAAUUAAUAUACUAUUCUACUUAG